CUGUGUUUGGGAAGAAUUUCAUUGCUAGGGAUAUGGGAUUUAGAAACACAGCUGGUCCAGAGAAGCACCAGGCAGUGGCACUGUUGACAGCUGGUGAUCAAGCAGUUUAUUAUAGGUGCCAAAUUGAAGCCUUUCAGGACAGUCUCUAUGCACAUUCCAACCGCCAAUUCUACAGAGAAUGCAACAUUUAUGGCACAGUUGAUUUCAUUUUUGGCAAUUCAGCAGUUGUCCUCCAAAACUGCAACAUUUUCCCAAGGGUGCCUAUGCAGGGCCAGCAGAACACCAUAACAGCACAGGGCAAAACUGACCCCAACAUGAACACAGGAAUUUCAAUUCAAAAUUGCAGCAUUGCACCCUUUGGGGACUUAAGCUCUGUGCAAACAUACCUUGGAAGACCGUGGAAGGACUACUCAACCACAGUGUUCAUGCAGUCCACAUUGGGGAGUUUCAUUAACCCAGAUGGAUGGUUACCAUGGGUAGGGAACUCAGCACCAGAUACCAUAUUUUAUGCAGAAUUUCAGAAUGUUGGACCUGGAGCUUCAACAAAAAAUAGGGUGAAGUGGAAGGGUUUGAAAACCAUUACACAUAAACAAGCUAGCAUGUUUACUGUCAAGUCUUUUCUUUCAGGGGACAAAUGGAUUCCAGCUUCGGGUGCCCCCUUUACAUCUUCUAUGUGA